AUGGGAAUUUCUUUAGAUCAAGAACAACUUUUAUCUUCAGCAGAACAACAACAACAACAAUCGCAAUUAUCAGAACAACCACAAUAUGUAAUACCAAUUGGACCACAAAAUGUAUUACCAAUGGGAAAAUUUAAAAUCCCAGAAACUUUUUCAUGUAAUAGAUUUACAGGUUAUGAAAAACCAACAACAUGUCCAACUGAAUUAUCAAACUAUUUAUCAUUUGAUGAUUAUAAGUCAUUGGUUAAUUCAUUAAAUAAUAAAAUGGAUUCCUUCCAUAGACUCUAUUGGUGUUCCAUUAUCGUCUAUAUGGUUCUUAUUUUCUCUUGUUCAUUUUCUGGUGUUUUUAUAGGUGUGAUAUUUUUAGUGGUUAGUAUAAUACUUAUUGUUGCCGUCUUUCUUUGCUUUUUAUUUUAUUUACAAAAUAGAAUUUUUGAAAAUAUUAAAAAGAUUUGUAAUGAAUAUAAUGUUCAAUUUUCCAAUAGAAAUAUAAAAUUUGAGGUCGCUAAAAAACAAUUUAAGAUCAGUGUACAUAUCAAUUAUCCACAAAAUAUUUCCUUUGUUUUACCACAAUAUCUCCAACCACAAUUCCAACCACAAUUUCAACCACAAUUUCAACCACAAUUUCAACCACAAUUCCAACCACAAUUUCAACAACAACCAAUUUACCAUCAAAACAUUUAUCAACCACAACAACAACAAUAA